GCGUGUGCAGAACCCCUCUAUUGAUUUGCCUGUAUUCUGUGGCUGUUCGUCCUCCUGAACAGUUGGCGGCGGUAUUGAUCACCAGCUCGUCGUAGCUCUUCUUCUCUCUUCCACGCCGCCGUGUGGUUCUUGUUGGGCUAGCGUGCUCCUCGGUGUCUGAAGCAGUGCACCUUUGUGGAAGAAGGAUUUCACAUGAUGGCGUUAAACCUCACAAUCAACGCGAGCAAUCCGCCUCUGGGAGCACUGCUGACCGCAGAGCAUGUGAAGGGCGUUGUGCAGGUUUCGGUGGAGGAAGGCAAAGACACACAGCUUCACGUCUCAGAUUCUCUCCAGUUCAAUGAUGUGAACUCUAUCAGUCGGUACUUGGCCCGGGUGGCUCCCGCUCUUGGCCUCUACGGAGCCAACAUGAUGGAGCAGACUGAGGUCGACCACUGGUUGGAGUUCAGUGCUCGCUGUCUGUGUGGUCCGAUCAUCUUGAGCAAAGCACUGGGGGAGUUGCAUAAGGCCCUUUCCCUGCGGACCUUCCUGGUUGGACAUUCCCUCACCCUGGCUGACUUGUCCGUCUGGGCCGCCCUGAAAGGUCAUGCAGGAUGGCCAAGCCAGGGCGAAUCCUUCGCCCACGUCAAUCGCUGGUUCUCUUUCCUGAGCACGCAGGUUCCCUUCACCGCUGUGGGAAACAAGUAUGCCAGUAAAAAAGCUCCAUUAAGCAAAUCCAGCUCGGAUGACAAGAAGCAAGAUGUUGGGAAGUUUGUGGAUUUGCCAGGGGCUGAGAUGGGCAAAGUGGUGGUUCGAUUCCCUCCGGAGGCCAGUGGAUACCUGCACAUUGGCCACGCCAAGGCUGCUCUGCUCAACCAGCACUAUCAGAUCACAUUCAAAGGCAAGCUCAUCAUGCGCUUCGACGACACCAACCCCGAGAAGGAAAAGGAAGACUUUGAGAAGGUGAUCCUGGAAGAUGUUGCCAUGCUCCAGAUCCACCCGGACCAGUUCACUUACACCAGCGACCAUUUCACCACCAUAAUGGGAUUUGCGGAGCAGAUGCUGCGGAAG